AUGCUGUCCGUUACGCUUGUCGGAUAUCCUGCCGCGAAGAUCAUCUACAACCUCUUCUUCCACCCACUACGUCGAUACCCGGGUCCCAAGCUAUGGGCAGCAACCUCUAUCCCCCAAGGCCUGAACAUAUGGAUGGGAAGACCGCACAAGAAGUUGCUCGCGAUGCACAAGCGAUACGGUAAUAUCGUCCGCAUCGCGCCGGGCGAGCUCUCAUUGACGCACCCGGACUCCUGGAAGGAAAUCCAGGGGCACGUAAAGCAAGGCCAGCCCGAGAAUGGAAAAGACCCGAAGCUCUUAAACCCCGCUUUUGACUCAAGCCUUGUCUCUGCCCCGCGACACAGACACGGGCCCAUGCGCCGGACGCUGGCUGCGGCUUUCUCGGUGCGUGCUUUGGCUGCGCAACAGCCGUUGAUCAAUGGCUUCAUCGACUUGCUCAUACAGAGGCUUCGCGAGAAAGGCGAAAAUGGCGCAAAAUCACUCAACAUGACCAAGUGGUACGAGUGGGCUACUUUUGACAUCAUUGGGAAUUUGGCUUUGGGAGAAUCUUUCCAGUGUCUGGAGAGAUCCGGCUCUCAUCCAUACGUGGACAAUAUCUUGAACAGUCUCAAGGUCCUUCCUCUCAACCAGGCGUUGCAUUACUUCCCGAUCCCGGCCUUUCUAAGGGGCCCGUUGUUUGUUUUGCUCGCGCCGAAAGAGGUACUCAAUGGCGACUCGUUGAUCAUCAACUACAGCCGGGAGACACUGAACAAACGAAGGUCGCUUGGUUCAGAACGACCAGACUUUGUGGACGCAAUGCUGAAAAAGGGGGGCGAAUACAAAAUGACAGAGACUGAGUUGAUCGACAACACGCGACUGCUCACCUCGGCGGGUGCGGAAACAACCGGAACUACCCUCGUGACAGCAACAUACCUUCUGUGCACACAUCCAGACGUCCUGACGAAGCUGAAAGCUGAGGUUCGCUCGACUUUCAAGAGCGACGCCGAGAUCGACUUCAACAACGUGCAGAAUCUGCCGUUCCUCGGCGCCGUCAUCUCGGAGACGAUGCGUGUACAUCCGGCAGCUCCAGCGGCGUUCCAGCGCAUAACGCCGCCGGGCGGAUCGAUGGUUUUUGGCGAUCACUUGAGCGCGGGAACCACUCUCGGGAUCUGGCAGUGGGUCGCCUACCACGACCCUUCCAACUUCCUCUACCCAGACGCCUUCAUCCCUGACCGCUGGGUGAACGACCGUCGCUUCGACAACGAUAACAAGGACAUCUUCCAACCCUUCUCAUACGGACCGCGGAACUGCAUUGGAAUGAAUCUUGCAUUCGUCGAGUUGCGCCUCAUACUUGCCCGCAUCGUCUUCAACUACGAUAUGGAGCUUGCCCCAGAGUCCCGAGGCUGGGCCGACGACCAAGAGCUUUUCAGCUUUUGGAAUAAGCCUACAUUGAACGUGCAUUUCAAAUCGCGCAAGGCGGAGUAG